AUGUCAGACGAUGAGCAAGAAGGGUUGUAUAUCCGCCUUAUCAUGAAGUUCAAGGACAAGAUAUACAGACUUCCAAUACGUAUGUCUGAGCUUUGGCCACAUUCUGCAUGGGAGACUCGCAUGACAGUCAUCACACUCGAUCUAGAGGACCAACUAGCACCAGAACCAGGCAGAAGAGCAGAAACUGAUUCCGAACAGCCAACCCCACAAGAACUUGAAAGUGUCAAUCUCGAAAUUGACUAUGGCACUGACACACUUUCAAUUUUCCGCCGCACACCCAAGAAGCUUAGCAAGCUCAAGUCUGACCCAACAGGUGUGAAUAUACCCAUUGCUUGGGCAAUCUGGAUCGACGAAGACUUUUCGGUUCCAUGGGAUUGA